AUGAAUGUGGGUGAAGUGAUCUACACACUGGUGGAGGUGCUCAUUGCUGUCAGCUGCUGCUUGGGUAAUUUGUUGGUUAUUCUGGCUCUGCGGACCAGUAAGAGCAUUCAACGGCCUACCUUCUGCCUGAUUGUCUCUCUGGCUGUUGCUGACUUUAUGGUUGGCUGUGUAGCCAUACCGUUGGCUGUGCUGGUGGACGGACGAGUGAAGACUUCAUUUCAUGGCUGUCUCUUCAUCAGCUGCAUGGUCAUCCUGUUGACCUUAGUCUCAAUUUUGUGUCUGGUGGCUAUUGCAGUGGACCGUUACCUCCGGGUGUAUGUCCCUCUCAGGUACAAAAAGACUGUGACACGGAGACAUUCAUGGCUUGCGGUAGCAGCAUGUUGGUUUGUUGCAAUACCACUAAGCUUUGCUCCCAUGCUUGGAUGGUACAACGAUGAAGCCUUGUCUAAUUCAGUCAACUCUACCAUCAUCUGCCAGUUCAUAACUGUGAUCCCCAUGUCAUACCUGGUGUACUUCAGCUUUUUUCUCUACAAUUUGACCCCUCUGAUGGUGAUGAUUGUAUUAUAUGGCUUUGUAUUCUGUACCAUACGAGGGAACCUUAGAGAGAAACCAGGUAGCGGUGCCCAGAAACAAUCUCUGAACUACCUAAGGAAAGAGAAGCAGCUGGCAGGAUCUCUGUCCCUGGUAUUGGCCCUUUUUGCACUGUGCUGGCUCCCUCUCCACAUAAUGAACUGCAUUGUUUACUUUAAUGGGCCGAAUUAUGUACCAGAGAUAGCAUUCUAUGUGGGCAUCCUGCUUUCUCAUGCUAACUCAGCUGUAAACCCAGUUGUGUAUGCGUUCAAAAUACAGAAGAUCAGGGCUGCAUACCUGAAGCUCUGGAGACGGUAUAUCGCAUGGGGAGAAGAAAAUCAAGCAUCUCACACAAGCCAGAUGACAGACAACAAUCCCAGCAGUACCAUUAACAGUGUGGCCAAAAAUGAAUGACAGCAGAUUUGACUCAUGAUUAAACAGCCACAUUGCA